GCAUCGCAACAGAGUAGUACUCACCCAGGUUCCUGGCACCCUAUCUGCCUAUCCGCCUAUCUGCUUCUGAGGCUCAUCCUCCUUACCCUUUCAGCUCCUUUCUUCAGCCUCACAAAUUUGCCGUGGAUCUAUGGUCAAGAGGGAGGUGGUCAAACAUGUCUGCAUCUAAUUCUAGUCUAACUCCCAAUCAACUAGACCGCCAAAAUAGUCCGCAACCGAUCGACGCCGUGCACGAGAGUGAAUCCGACGACCAAGACCGUCGGUUAACCUCCUCGAAGUCGCCCUCCGAUCUCCUCUCCGACGUUUAUCGAGGUCUCAGGAAAGCGAUCCCUACCCGGGAAGAGUCUCGUAGGUUUGCAAGAGCACCAUCGAGACUGGCCUUCAAGACGUCCACCACCAGCUCCGCAGCCUCAGAGGUCAAUUCUGCACCCCUUCUACCGAGGCCGGUACCCCCGCAACAUGCUAGAAAUCUGAGUUUGCAGAACAGUCUCGAGAAACCACUUCCAGCGCCACCGCCCCCUUCAUUAUCUCCCUCGAGUCCUGUAACUCCUUCGGCAUCGUCCAGCCGGUUGCAAGACAGCCUGACUGCUCUACUCGAUAACGACACCGCCAACGAGGCAAACGUGGACAAUCAGACGAGCACUAUGGAUUCGAACACGUUGAUGGCUUCGAACCAGAUGUACAGCGGCGGAAAUGACAUGAGCAGCAGCCAGAGUAGCAUAGCUAGCUCCUCGAGGGCUGACGGUGGGGACGUGCAGAAGGAUAACCUAACACCCCGGAGCAAUGGUCCGCUCUCGGCUGGUCCCUCUCCUCCGGUUGCGUCAACCAGCAGGACCCCAGCUCUCGGUACAGCUGUUGGCACUCCUGCGACUUCAGGCUCUUCUGCUCACCUGUCCGGGCUGAUGUGCAAUGUUCAUCGUACUACUGGUCAAGAGCCUCACCCUCUGGUGGGCGCCACGACCACGGUCUUAGGGGAUAAGUUAUAUGUCUUCGGUGGGCGGAUAUUAUCUCGAAGUAGGCCGGCUCCCCUCACUUCGGAUCUUUACGAGCUGGACCUCAUCAGGAGACAUUGGAGCAAGCUUGAAACCACGGGAGAUAUUCCUCCGCCCCGCUACUUUCACUCUAUGUGUGCUCUGGGGGAUACCAAGAUGGUCUGCUACGGAGGCAUGUCGCCAACUGCUACCCAGCCUACUUCCGCUUCCCCGGACCAGCAACCCGAAGUGACAGUAAUGUCUGAUAUAUAUAUUUACGAUGUUCCAAGCAAGAGGUGGACUUAUGUCCCUUCUCAAGAUGCUCCGCAGGGCCGAUAUGCCCAUUGUGCCUGUAUCCUGUCAUCUUCUGCGACGUUUUCGUCUCACAAGGCGCCCUUGUCUGCCCUCCAGCACAAUCCGUCUACCGGAAAUCCGAACGAAGGCCGGAUCGGCAUUAGCAUAGACGGUGCCGGCGGUGCUGAGAUGGUGGUGGUUGGUGGCCAAGAUGGAGCCAAUCAUUAUAUCGAGCAGAUUAGUGUUUUUAACCUCCGCAGUUUGAAAUGGACCUCGACGCAAUCGCUUGGGAAAUCCUGCGGUGCAUAUCGGAGUGUAGUCGCUCCUCUGCCGCCAAGCGUGACUGCAAAAAUCGGCAAGGCGAAUAUCGGUAGCUCUCGUCAAGAGAGCGCAAUCAGCCAAGAGGCUAAAGAACCGGGCUCGUCGAUGCUCAUCUACUCGAAUUACAACUUUCUCGAUGUAAAGCUGGAGCUCCAAAUUCGGGGCUCGGAUGGCUCGCUUGCUGAAAAGCCGAUGGCAGGGACUUAUUCUCCUCCCGGACUGCGGUUCCCGAACGGCGGUGUUAUCGACACCUAUUUUGUUGUUAGUGGCACGUAUCUCACCAGUUCGAAGCAGGAAUAUGCUCUAUGGGCUUUAGAUCUUCGGAAUCUGACCUGGGUGCGCAUCGACACCGGCGGCAGCGUCUUCAGCCAAGGUAGCUGGAACAGAGGUGUCUUGUGGAAUAGGCGGAAUAUAUUCGUAAUUCUCGGCAAUCGUAAGCGGAGCUUGGUAGAUGAUUAUAAUCAUCGUCGAAUCAACUUCUCCAACGUCUGUAUGGUUGAGCUAGAAGCCUUUGGUUUCUAUGAUAAUCCGCGUAGGACGUCGCCACUGUCAGGCUUUAUAUCUUCCAGUAGUCCCUUUACGGCUCCCGGUUUGAGCAUAGCCAGGAAGGCUGGGUGGACUGGUGGGGGCAGAUCGCAUAUGCGCGCCGCCGAAGAACUAGGGGAGAAAGCCUUAGCGUUGCGGGAGCUAGCAGAUAUGGAUAUACUAUGCUUCCACGGAGAGCGCAUACCUAUCAACUCCCGAAUAGUCGCACGGCGGUGGGGACCGUACUUUGUGCAGCUGCUCCGUGAAGGUGCGGCCACACAGGAUGGUAGCGACUCGGCAACCUUGAGAACGGGCAUGUCCGGACAGGCAGGCGCUCGUAUGUCUACUAUAACGAUCACGCAAUCGAACAGGAGCGCCGGUGACAGCGGUUUAUCCAUGGCUACCACAUUGAAUAACGCGUCGUCCGCUGGAUCUCUUAAGCCACCCAGCACGGCGGGUACCUCUACAUCCGGUGGUAGUGGACCAGCGGAUAUCACCGCGAUAAAUUCAGCGCCAACGCCCGCGUCGCUGCCGCCCAAUUCUCGACCUAGGUGUUUAUAUCUCCCCCAUACAUGCCCAACGGUCCAGGCUCUCCUCCAUUUCCUCUACACGUCAGCACUACCUCCUCCGUCGUCUCCCCUCUGUACACCGCAAAUCCUCUGCUCACUAUUGCAGAUUGCACGACCAUACAAGAUAGAUGGUCUGUUAGAGGCCGUAGUAGAACGUCUUCACGCACGCCUUGAUUCGCGCAACGCGGCAGCCGUGUUCAACGCCACAGCCAUGGCAGCGGGUGGAGGUCGCGGGAUUGAUGGCAGCAUGAACCCCAACUUUUAUAUGGCUGAAUCAUCCAGGGCUGGCGGCUCUAUCGCUCCUUUCCACGGCCGAUCAAUGUCAGUAUCUCAGUCUAGUACCGACGAAGCAAGUGGCGCUUUAGAAGGUCUCCGGAUCAAUACCAGCGUAUCGGGGGCGAGACCAGAACCGGAAGAACUCAGCGCUACGACGAGUGUAUCAGGUAGCGAGUGGAGUAGUGAGCUCGGCGGCAGCGAGCGUGGCGCAGUUAGGGAGGUAUGGAACGGAGAGCUGAGUAGCGUCAUCGGCCUGCAGAAGCGAGGAUUAAGAGGUUUAAUGGAAGGACGGCGGAUGAGGGCGACCGUUGAUCGCGAGCGCGAUGGAGGGCGGUCAGAGAGACUCGGCUCGAGGGUCGGAUUGGGGAUUGCGGGAUCUUAGAGGCAUCAGCUGGACGAUAAUAGAUCACUGGAUGGGAACACCAUUUGUUCAUACAUAAGCAAUAUUCGGGGGCGAGACAUAGUACCAUUGGCUGGAUAGGCGUUGGUUCUGGUAAGGCGCACGGAUGAUGCAUGUGUAGAGAGUCCUCGAUUACCUGGCGAGUGAUAUAGUUGAGAUAUAGUUGAGAUACCAACUGAUGCUUUCGCUAUCUACCUAUAUAUAUGGACAAUAUAUUGGAUCAAUUCAAUAGAGAGUCAGCUUAAACCACUAGGUAGUCUGCCAGUUUCAAUACUUGUAUAAUCAACGUACUUGACAUCAUGGAGAUAUUAAUAUGUGUUAGGUACAUAAGGUACUUAUGUAACCAUGUACCUGCAGGUUUCAUCCUCUA